UUAAAGUCUAGGUUCCGCACAGCUGCAGACCUGCAGUCUGUACUCUGUAGCGUAACGGCAUUAUGAUGUUAUACCUUUAUGAGUUAUGAACAUUGCUGGGAUGUACAGGGUGCUGCAGAGGUUGUCGUCGAGAGUCGUCCGUCCACUCUCGACCGACGUCCUCGAGGUGAACACGAACCCGGCCAAGGACGUGAUACUUUUUAAGUACGAAAACCCGACUUACUUCAGGUUUAUGAACCUGUUCGCUUUGUCACAGCUCGGAUUCUGGUCAUACAUGGCCAACAUCGCCUACCACGACCUGAAAGACGUGCCCGCCUCCCAAAACAAAGAAGAUCCGUGGUGGAAGAAGGUCAACCUUGGUCAUCCGAAGGUCAAACGCGGACUUGCAGGAUUUUCCGUAUUUUUCGGUUGUGUUAUGUUUGGUAGUGCGUGCACAUUCACUCUCAGGUCAGUCCGCUACUUGAUUCUGAGGAAAGGGGGCAAAAUAAUAUCACUAGUCACUUACACGCCAUUUGGACCUAAUCGGAUCAUGGAUGUCCCUUUGAGAUAUGUGAGCGCUAUUACUAGCAGGACUAACGCUAGGGUCCACCUGCCAAUUAAAGUUCACGGCAAAUACCUUUAUUACAUGCUCGACAUGAAAGGAGAGUUUCGAAACAAAGCUUUAUUCGAUGCAACUGCCGGGAUGUAUAGAAAAUUUUAGCUCUUUAGUCAUUUUGUAUAUAAAACUUUUAUAAAGGUCUGUUUCAUCGUUAUUGUCUAUUUGAAAGAUUCCUUAACUACUUCGGUACAAUUAUAAGUACAAAAUGUUUUCACUUGUGUCACUACCUCUACUUCUUAUUAUAGUUGGUUGUAUUGUAGUAUUAUAAUAAUUUUUUUAUACAUAAUAAUUUCAGACUGAGUAAUAAAGAUGAGUGUUUACAAGGAGAA